GGCUGCCUCAGCUUCUUAUAACCACGUCCGGAUUUCUCCUCCCUGCUUUGGGUUCUGAGGUCGAACUGGUCUGAGGCCAGCGUGAUGACGUCACUGGUUUCGGUUUCGUCCAACUUUCAGGUGAGCGAGUCCGGACGUGGAGCCAUGAAGUAAACAGAGAAGUAGACAAUGGACUGCGCCGUUGAAGCCACUGUGGAUCUGAACUGCUUCCAGGAUAAGAACGGGGUUCGGAAACUCCUCCAGUCACACGGUUUUAAGUUGACGGAUCUGGACCGAGGUCAGGUUAGAGUUGAAGGUUCUUUUCAGAAGCUCAAAGACGUAAAAACCCGUCUGGAGCAGCUCGUGGAGACGACACCGAGCUCUUCCUCGGGUCCUCCGGCAGCUUCUUCUGGAGCCAUCUCCAAGCACUACGGCAGAAACGACACCGAUGAAGGCAAACCGAGACGUCCGGAUUCAUCACGCAGAACCUUCUCUGGUCGUAAACCGGAUGGUGGGACUCCAGGCGAGGUGCUGAUGGUGGAUUCUGAUGUGUACAGAUACGCCAGCCGCUUCAGGGGACCGGAGCUCAACCCCCUCCUGGCCGGGCCAGACGUCUACGCUGAUGUGAAGGUUGGCGAAGAAAGCACCAUCAUCACUUUGCAGGGCGGAAGCUCUGCGACGGUGUACAAGAAGCUGCAGAGACUCCUAGACGAUCUGCGCAGAUCCCUGCGGACCCAGGAAGUCCUUCUGAGGGACCUCAGCUCCAGAGGAAAGGAGCUUUUGUUGAAAAUCCAGAAAAAUAAUAACACUCUGGGUUCAGUUCUGGUGUGCGAGAUGAACGACAGGCUGCAUCUCGUUGGCCCGUCUGGAGAGAGCUACGAUCUGAAGCAGAGCCUCCAGGGGGCGCUGGUCGACCAAUCCGGCGCCAGAGGAAGGACCGGCGGUCCAACCAGCAGAGGGCGGAGCAGCUCGAUGAACCAGAGGAGGAGAGAAGGGGAAGCAGCUGAUGGUGCGUCUGCAGGUCUUCCCUCAUCCAGGCGUGAUGGACAGGAGGCAGCUGCUGGUCGGAGCGGACCAAGAGGACGGAGCCUCUCAGAGUCCCGCGGAAAGCAACUAGAAGAAAAGAUGAAAGGGAAAGAGAACAAAGAUCUCGUGUCUGAAAACCCCCAAAAGAAAAGCACGUUUUCUCAUUUAGCUAGAAAACGGUGGCAGAAAUUAACCGAGAAGAGAAAAUAAAACCACUGAUUUCUAUUAAUCACUGAAUCACGCUGGAACUAAAUCCACCUCGCCUUUUAGGAACGGUUAUCGGCUUAAAUAUCCUAAAACUCGCAGCAAUACGACAGAAAACGAAUGUAGCCAAAGGAAAGUGCUUUGAAGUUUGAUAACUUUUGAAAAUGAUUAGAAUUUAUUUUUAUUUUUAAUCGCACUGACUGAGCUUGAUGAUCCAAAAAGACCCGAAACUAUCUGGACUCAAAGCGGCAAGGCUUCACAAAAGC